AGAUGCAGAUGCCUGCAAAUGCAGACAUGGGCAUGGGCCAGGGCCCUCAAAAAAGCCCAUGUUCUGUCAAAAAAGGAAAAAAUGAGAGGGGGACCAUGAUCAUGCCGAUGAUUCAUCGCCGACGACAGAGCCAGUGAAGGUCCGAGGAAGAUGGCGGCGACGCUGAACGUGUUCGUAUACGGGAGCCUUCUAGCCGACGACGUUGUCAGGGCCCUCCUCAAUCGCGUCCCUCCUUCCUCCCCGGCCCUCCUCCCUGAAUUUCACAGGUUCAGCAUCAAGGAUCGCGUUUAUCCUGCUAUUCUCCCCCUCCCCAAACACACCGUCGCCGGCAAGGUAUUGAUGGGAAUCACUGUUCCUGAACUGGAUGUCUUAGAUACAUUUGAGGAUGUCGAGUACGCAAGGACCACUGUGCAGGUCACUUUGUUGGAUGGUUCUGACAAAUUGGAAGCUGAAGCUUAUGUUUGGAGCAACAAACAUGAUCCAAACUUGUAUGGAGACUGGGACUUUGAGGAAUGGAAACAAAAACACAUGGAUGACUUUCUUAAGAUGACCGUGGGUUUCGUGGAGGAACUAGAGCGGCCUGAAUCCAAGCCUAGGGUGGCGACCUAUGAAUCUUUCUAUCGCCAGGAUGCUGAUAAUUCCCCAGCACCUUGAUUUCUUCUCCAAUAUUUAUAUUCUGAAUUAUUUUUACAAAUUGCUGGUACAAAUUGCUGGUAUCAUGAUCCCGCGUCAUUUAUCUCUGUGAGCAGCUACGUAAAUUGUAGUUGCCAGGACAUGUUAUUGCCAUUGUUCAGAUGCUAUCUAUACUUGGAAGUAGUAGAUUUUUCACUAGGCUUUUUCUUGUU